AUGAGCAGCCCGGAGCCACCCACAGAGCUCCCUGAGCCUGAUGACCCCACCGGGUUGACACAGCCCACGUACAGCAACCUCGGUGAGGUCCGUGCCCACCUGCUGCCCUCCAAGGCCUGCCGCCCCCGGACCCCUGGGUCCCCCUCCAGCGACCCACAGCCCCUGCCCCCACCCCUGCCCCAGAAGAUCCUAACCCGGACGCAGUCACUGCCCACACGCAGGGGCCUCCACCCCAGCUCUACCCAAGUAAAGCCGCCCCGGAGGCCCCUUCUGGGGUCCCACAGUGUGGACGAGAGCCAGGCCGAGGCAAGACCAGCCGGUCCCCCUGCAGAGCUGACCUUCGGUCUGGCCGAGGCCCCGCUGCGCCUCUCCCUCCGCGAUCUGCACAGCCCGGAGGCCGUGCUGGCUGCACUGGCUGCCCAGCAGCUGGAGGGCCUCCGUGCCAUCUACGUCCGGCUCCGCGCCCGGCUGAUGGGAGGCCACCCCGGGCCCUGCCGCCCCGGCCACGGCUUCCGCCUCCUGGACAGCUCGCCCUGCGCGGAGAGCGGGGACGCCCUGUACUACCGCGUGGUGCGCGUGCACGAGGAGGCCUGGCACAUCCUGGCGGCCAAGGUGCCCAAGCCCGGGGCGGACGUGCCCCACCCGUGGGGCCUGGAGCUGCAGGCCUCCCUGUCCCCGCACUUCAAUCUGCAGGGGCUGUGUGGCCUGGUGCCGGAAGGCACGCUGCCCGGGGCGCCCUGGAGGGGCGCGGUGGCGCUGGCAGCGGAGGUGCCCGAGCGCACGGUGGCGCAGUGGCUGGCGGAGGCCUGCGCGCAGCCGCCGGAGGAGUUCGCGUGGGCCGUGGCCCUGCAGCUCCUGCAGCUGAGCGCCGCCCUGGAGUUCCUGGAGGCCCGGGGCGCCGCCCUGAGCGAGCUGCGGCCGGAGAACUUGCUGCUGGCGGCCGCGCGGGGCUGUGCGGCGACGGGGCCCCCGCGCCUGCUCCUCGCUGACUUUGGCCGCGUCUGCCGGCGGCCCCCCGGCCCCCCCGGCCCCCACGCGCCGCAGCUGGGCCGCCUACUCCGCGCGCUGCUCGGCCUCGCUGCGCCCUCGACCUUGGCCUCGGGCCUGGAGCGCCUGGCCGCGCAGUUGACUCGCUGGCGGCCCUCGGCGGCCCGCACGCGGGGCGCGCUGCGGGCGCUGCUCUGGGGACCCGGGCCGGAGCUGCGCGGCCGGGGAGCACCGCUGGGGCCCUGGCUCAGGGCGCGCCGCGCGCUACUGCUCCUGCGCCUGGCAGAGCGGGCGGCAGGCGGGGAAGCGCUGGGUCUCGAGGACUGGCUGUGCUGCGAGUACCUGGCUGAGGCCACCGAGUCCUCGAUGGGCCAGGCCCUGGCGCUGCUGUGGGACUGACCCCAACCCUCGGCGAACACACCUGGCCCAGGCCUGCCCAGGAGGCAGGGCUGGGGCUGAAGUCAGCGUCUCCGUGAUAGCCGGGACAUCCCCUUGCUGCGGAGUCCAGGGCGAAGCAGAGAGAGCAGUGCCUGUGCUCCAGAGCCUCCGCCUGCGCUGAGAAUGGGGGUCAAGGGCUUCCCAGGGGUGCAGCUGCCCGUCCAGGGCUGGGGGCUGAUGGCCAGCGCCUCCUGUGUGGGCAGCACCUCCCUGAAGCCAGGCCCCCACACCUGUUCCAGGAGCGGACACCCCGCUGAUCACUGUCGAUCUGAACGUGUUCUGCCUUCCCCAGCAGCCAGGGCGCUCUUCUGGCAGCAGGGUCUGUCACUGUCACCAUGAGAGGCCAAGACCAGGACCAGAAGCAUCCCUGGCCCUGGAGCACCCCCCUGUGCGGAGAUGACCGGUG